AUGGCUACCUGUACGGGCAGUGUGUUCGAUGUCCCAACAUUUUGUCUCGUUACAGGCGCUAGCAAAGGCAUCGGACGUGGGAUAGCGGUCGCACUGGCCGAUACAAUCGGGGAAGGUAGCAUCAUGGUUCUUGUUGCCAGAUCGGAGACAGGGUUGCAGGAAACCAAACUGUUAAUAACGAGCCGACGUGGGGGAGUCGAGGUUCGCGUAUAUCCAUCGGAUCUCAGCGACAUGAUUUCCCUCAGGAGCCAAAUUGAAUGUUUUUUCAGCGAUGUCAUACCAGCAAACUUUCAACACGCUAUUGUAAUACACAAUGCCGGCUCCGUAGGUGAUGUUAGUAAAACCUUGCGUGAAUUCAACGAACCAGUCAAGCUGCAGAGUUAUUUCGACUUCAACGUUACCUCUACCAUUUGUAUCACAUCGGCGUUUUUAACCAUGUUCCCAAAGAUAGACCGAUUGCGACGUACUGUAGUAAACAUUUCAUCACUGUGUGGCAUACAACCAUUCAAUUUCCACUCCCUCUAUUGCUCAUCGAAAGCCGCCAGAGACAUGCUAUUUAAAGUUCUUGCUGCCGAAGAACCAGAUAUCCGUGUUGUGAGCUACGCCCCAGGCCCAGUUAACACCGACAUGCGACACGAGGUGGAGGUAGCCCUGCUGACAUUGGGCAAUACAGACAUGUACACUCGGUUGUACACGGACCUCACGGCCAAGGGGGCAGUACUGACUGUCGAACAAACUGUGGGUACAUUAAUGAAGCUGUUGUAUGAGGAUUCUUACGAUAGUGGAGCACACGUUGACUAUUAUGAUGUCAAUAAAUAGGAUUCUUUCUCGAUCGAUAAUACAGUCCAUCACAGGCCCGUAGCCAGCACUUUUUAAUAGGGGGUUCGAAAACAACAAUAAUAUAUUUUAUGUGAAACUUGUGAAUUUUAUAAUUUUCAAAAAGAAAAAUAGCGGAUUCUUUAUCGUCUUAGAGCUAUGUUACAAACAUUUUAGUAAUCUCGGUUUUAAAUUCAAUUGGCUUACUUUGUGUUACGUUGUUAAGUUAUUUCACAUAACAUUUUUGAACUAUUUUACAAGAUUUUAGAGAAGGGGGUUACUGAACCAUUCCCCACCAACAGACAAACACACCCGCACCCUAGAUACUCUACGGCAAAUUGUUAUACUCAAACAAGACAAUACUGUACCUGUCUUGGCAUAACAUUGUCUAGGCAUUUUAAGGUAGAAAUAACACAGGCUAUACGUACUAAUACAAUAAGUUGACUACAUUUGGCUGACACACUUGGAAAGAGCUGUGUAUAUGCCAUCAUAAACUUGAAGAAUACAAAACUAAUGAACCAAACUAGGAAAGUACAGUGUCGUGUUGUGCUGGAAAAAUUACGGGACCGAUCAAUCCCGUUCGAACCCACACUGUACUUACUGAACGAACACUAGCACAAGACAGAGAGUGACUUCCAUUACAUUAUUGUUGUAUAAAUAUGCUUACUCGUUAUAAUAUUUCACAUCAGCUGCUUGAACGCGAUCUUCAUUACACCAUCGCGGAAUCACCGAAUAAAAGCUUGCCCAUUU